AUGCCCAAACGAAAGAGAUCGGCCAAUAAUGCCACUUUGGCGGCUUCUGCCAUACCGACUCCUGCAUCAACUCGACGGACUAGUUCCCGAACAGCCUCCGCCGCCAUCCCCGCCACGAUUGACACCAACCCAGAUACAAAUGACACGAUCAGGGAUGGGCCGAAUGCUCUGCGUGCUUCGCCAGACGCAGAGAAGCCGGAAGUGGACACGGCGAAAAGCAAGAAAGCAAAGAUUAAGGUAGAGGCUGUGGGUGACGAUGCUGCGACGCUUCCUGCAAAAGCUGCCUCUAAAGGAAGGGACGGGCUAGACAGAGAAGAUCCUGAAGCUGAUGGAGACGAGGAAGCCAACCCCGAAGAACUGAAGGAAGCCUUGUCCCGGCCGCCUCCAGUUAACAGCUCCUAUCUCCCACUGCCCUGGAAGGGCCGCUUAGGUUAUGCCUGUCUCAAUACCUACCUCCGCGCUGCAAACCCACCAGUCUUCUCAUCACGAACGUGCCGCAUCGCUUCGAUACUCGAGCACCGCCAUCCACUGAAGGACCCCAACCUCCCAGAACAUGCCACCAAAAAUCGUCCAGAUAAGGAUCAGCCGGCCGACAUAGCUCGGGGCCAGGGGUAUGUCGAAGCACUGGGUCUCGCCAAUGCGCGGGAUAUUGUCAAGAUGUUGCGCUGGAACGACCGAUACGGCAUCAAGUUUCUCCGGCUGUCGUCUGAGAUGUUUCCAUUUGCCAGCCAUGAUGUGUACGGGUACAAGCUUGCGCCCUUCGCCUCAGAAGUGCUUGCAGAAGCGGGUCGUGUGGCUGCAGAACUCGGGCAUCGCCUGACAACGCAUCCGGGGCAAUUCACGCAACUGGGCUCACCACGAAAGGAGGUUAUACAAGCCUCACUCCGCGAUCUGGACUACCACUGCGAGAUGCUCGACCUUUUGAGGUUGCCGCCACAGCUGAACCGAGACGCCGUUAUGAUCUUGCACAUGGGUGGCGUCUUUGGCGAUAAGGCUGCCACUAUCGCUCGAUUCAAAGAGAACUAUGUCAAGCUGCCACAAGGGGUCAAGGACCGUCUAGUUCUUGAGAAUGACGAUGUCAGUUACAGCGUCCAUGAUCUGCUGCCUGUGUGUGAAGAGCUCAAUAUUCCACUUGUUCUCGAUUUCCAUCACCACAAUAUUGUCUUUGAUGCAGACAAGGUCCGUGAAGGUACACAGGACAUCAUGGACCUCUAUGGCAGGAUCACAGCCACAUGGACAAGAAAGGGCAUCACGCAGAAAAUGCACUACUCAGAGCCCGUGCCGUCGGCGAUUACUGCCCGACAGCGGCGGAAGCAUAAUCCGCGACCUGCAACACUGCCACCCUGUCCGCCAGACAUGGAUCUAAUGAUCGAAGCCAAGGACAAAGAACAAGCCGUGUUCGAACUCAUGCGUACAUUCAAAUUGCCUGGGUUCGACAGCUUCAAUGACAUCAUACCGUAUGCACGGAAUGACGAGAACAAGCCAUGGAAACCUCCGAAGAAGAAGAAAACUCCCAGAAAGAAGCGGGCGAAAAAGGACGACGAGGGAGAAUUGGUCGAAAAUGAAAACGAGGACGACGACGGUGAUGAUGACGGGGAAGCUCAACCGCCGCCUCUGGUCCCAGAACCCGAGAUCAGCAUGGGUGGUCCUGAUGGGCGAGUGUACUGGCCUCCGGGCAUGGAAGAAUGGUUGCGUCCAAAGAAACGAGAGGUCAAGCCUCGAGAUCCGGCAAAGGCAAAGACGACAGCCGAGCGAGCGGCACUGAGACGGGCGGAGAAAGCUGCAUGGCAGGCUGCAAGGGAAGCGUCCGCAGAGGCAGGGACGCCCGUGUCCGCGGCCAAGUCAACUCUGUCUGAGGCGCCCGCCGACAUGGAUGCAACUACGCCUCAUGGAGCAAAGCCCAACAAACCUGCAAAAUCAAAGAGCGUGUAUGAGGUGGCGAAGACGAAGAAGCAGCAGAAACCGGUCCGGGCGCCUCGGUCGGGUGCCGCCGGUGUGAAGAAGAAGAAAAGUACUGUGUUGACGCCGAGUACGAGCGAUCAAGACUCUUCUCUCGACGGCGAAGAGCAGGAGGAGGAGCAAGAGCAAGACCUCGAGAUGCCGGACCUUACUGAUGCGGAGGAGGAGGUCAGUCUGCCUGUCAAAGUCGACCGGCGAGCACCAACACGGACUUUGAGCGGAAGGAAGGCGAAGAGGAAGACUGUAAAUUAUGCGGAGGGUGACGACGACGACGAUUGA